AUGUCAAACAGAAGCCUCCAUUUGAAGAAAAUCUCAUGGCUUUCUUCUCGGAUUCUCUCAGACAAUAUACACGGGCGAAUUCGGCGACCCAUUACUACUCCAGCCACUUGUUCAGCUCCUUCAUUCGAUGGAGACAUGAACACUGCGCCGUCGACGAAAUUGGCCGGACAAUGUUUCUCUCGCCGGUUCGCAUCAGUAAAACGGGCAUCUCGAGCUGCUGCUUCUUCUUCUUCUUCUUCUUCUUCUUCUCCACAUGCUGAUUUACUCUCUUAUGUUAGAGCUUCACUUGAUAAACUUGAAGGUCCGUCUCAUCAUUGGUUGAAUCGUGACACUGGGAAUAAACAGCUUUUCAAGGAGAAAGGAACUUAUGUACUUCUCGCUGGAGAUUUGCUUAACGGAACAAGUGAUCACAGUCGUUUCUUUGAUAAACUAAAGCUGCUUCAGCAGAGGUCUCAUGGAGUCUGUUUCAUGGGAAUCCACUUCAGUGAUCAAGCUCGAAUCGCUGAUGAUCGAACUGCUUUAGCUGAGUUGAUUGUGAAGGAAUACCUUACUUUCCCUGUACUACUUUCCGAGAAAGAAUUUCCAAAGUCAAGUGGAGAAGAGGUACGCUUCAUCGUGCUAAAAGAUUUUAAGAAUCCUGUAAUCUACCAAGAGAAGGAUCUGGAUAUUGCUUCCAUAUCUAAAGCUCUUGACAGUCUCACUCAAGAUACUGAGAAGUCCAAGUCUGUCAAACUUUUCACGAACACUUGGUCAAAACAGGCCGAUGCUAUCAAGGAACCACAUUUCUCUUCCUUCUUGCAGGAUUUGUUACUUUACUUUCCAGGUUGUAUCUCUGCAGACGAAGUUGGAGAUCGUCUGUUUCUCUCUGACAGCAACCAUCAUCGUAUUAUUAUAUUCGACAAUAGUGGGAAGAUUUUAGACAGUAUUGGUUGUUUCCCAGGUUUUGAGGAUGGAGAAUUUGAAUCUGCAAAGAUGUUACGUCCUGCAGCGACCCUUUAUGACAAAGAGGAGGAUUGUCUUUACAUUGUAGAUUCUGAGAACCAUGCCAUUAGAAGAGCAAAUAUAAAGACGCGGGUCGUGGAAACGGUAUAUCCAAAGGUUAUUAAAAAAAGUGGUGGCAUAUGGUCUUGGAUGAUGGAGAAAAUGGGGCUUGGAAAAGAUGAUGACGCAACAGUUGAUGCUGAUGCCAAAUCAGAAGAAUCUGAUGCUCACUCCCUGAUGUUUCCAUGGCAUAUACUGAAGCGUGACAAUGAUAGUCUUUUAGUCAUUAACAAAAGCUUUUCGAAGUUGUGGAUAGUUAAUUUAGCUUCAGGAGAGAUCGAAGAAGUCGUGGAAGGAUUUCCGGGUAUAAUGGAGGUCUGUGGGGAAUUGAUGACGGAGAAGCUAUCAGUCUUGAAACAUUUGCCUUCUAAUUGGUUGCAACAGCAAACUAAGGCUAUCUCCUCAUGCAAGGAGCAGCCAAAUGCUUCCCUUUUGUCUUCUUUCACUGAAUUUGGAGACGAGAUUGUCAUGACUGAUAUAGCUGGUCAGAGAGUGUUGAAGCUAAAUACAGAAUCCGGAGCACGCUCUAGCAUACAGUUUUCAAACAUCGGGAUCCUUGGGUUGCCCUAUUGGUUGUCCAUUCCUCUGGAGAGAGUUUUUAAUCUAGCUAAUGGAGUUCAGGAAGCACACGUCAGUCAUACUCAUGAACUCCGGUUAUUGCCAGGUAAAAUUAGCAUACGGUUGAACAUAGAGAUACCUAAAGGCACGGAGCUUGUUGAACCGAUACAAGAAAGCUGCGUAUGGCGACAGGCAAGAGGCGCAAUCAAUGAUGUCUCGAGUGCUGGAAGUGCAGCGGAACAACCUUCUGAAAAGGUUGGAGUCUCACAACAAUGGUAUGAUGAAUUAGACAGCCUCGCCAAAGAAAUAGCCAACCCUGAAUUAGCUGAGGAAGAGGAAGAGCAAGAAGAAGAUAUUAACCCUUCUGAGAUCGAAAGUGAAGAUGAUGGACGGAUACACAUCGAUUGCAUUAUCAACACAAGUCCAGGCACAAGCGAGCUUAUUGUUUAUGCAGCUUUGUAUUUAAGACUGGCGAAGAACGAAGAGACGGAAAGUGCGAGCCAGGAAGAGCUGGCGAGAAGAGUAGCAGAGAUAUUAAAGCCAACAAGGAACAUGACGACGAUGAAUGAAGAUUUGUUUGUGGAAGUGUUGUUGAAGUCAAAGAGACAAGUGAGAGACAUUGUGUUCGUGAAGCCAAUGCAUGUGCGUAUUAAGUUAGACUCGAAGGAUCACCCAAAAGCCGAUAACUCGAGAGACGUGAUCUUGACCGAUUCUUCUGCUCAGGUCGAUGUCUCUCUCUGA